AUGAAUACAACCAUUUUCGAUGGCGAUUGCACAUCGUCAUUCUUUAACAUCUCAUAUGAUGGAUUGUGGGAGAAUCUAAAGUCACCCGAUAUGAUUUUUGGGUAUUCGCUACCUCUUUUAGAGAUCCAGAUAUUACUCAUUUUCAUCUUCAUCGUCAUGACUCAUAUGUUCCUUAGACGCAUUGGCAUUUCCCAGAUCGCUUCCUAUAUGAUCGCUGGACUGAUGCUAGGGCCCCAGCUUUUUGAUGUAUUAGAGAAAUCUUCAGGAAAAAUAUCUGAAGAUCCUGCGUUAGAUGGAAACGCGACCUUAAGAAGCAUCUCAGUGUUUGGAACCAUAAUGUUUACAUUUUUGAUGACUCUUAGAACCAGCCGGAGAGUGGCGUUCAUUAGCGGAAAGCUGCCCGUUGUGAUCGGGAUUUUGUCCUUCUUUGCUCCUCUGUUCGGUCUCGGUUUCCAGAACCUCUUCUCCGACAGCAUUGACCCUAAUUACAUGCCUCUGAAAACAGGACUAGGCGAGCGCACAGCAAUCGUCAUAACACAGUCUUCCAUACUUUUGCCCUCCACAACAUACAUCUUGCUAGAGCUCAAGAUCCUCAACUCUGAGAUCGGUCGCCUUGCAUUGUCUGCAUGUGUCAUCAACGACAUCUUUGGGAUAAUUUCCAUGGUACUCGCUUCUAUUCACGCAACGUACAAGAAUGUUUCACAUGUAACAGCCUAUCGUGACGCUGUCGCAGUGGUCAUCUUCGUUCUCAUCGUCUUUCUUGUUUUUAAGCCCAUCGUGCAAUUGAUCAUAAAUCGCACACCGGAAGGCAAACCCGUGAAGAAUAUGUAUGUUAACGCUUUGAUUCUUACCGCAUUGGCUUCCUCUGUUUAUUCUAUGAUAUUUAACAUGAAAUAUGUCCUGGGACCAUUAGUAGUCGGUCUUGUCAUACCCGAGGGUCCACCUUUAGGAUCGGCAUUGGAGUCUAAGUACGAGAAGCUCACAAUGAACGUCUUCUUACAAAUCUCGAUCACAGUCAGCGUGAUGAGAAGUGAUGCAAUGUGGAUGUUCGCCGAGUUCAGUCACAUCCUCGUUAAUAUCUUCCUAACGGCUUUAACACUUGUCCUAAAAUUUGUCGCAUGCCUUGCACCUUGCUUGUACUAUAAGCUACCUCUCAACGAAUCCCUUGCUGUUUCCAUCAUCUUGAGCUACAAAAGUUUCGCUGAUUUCGUUCUCUAUGAGUCCGUAUUAGACGCAGCAUAUAUAUCACAGGCAACGUACGCGUUCUUGAUCAUUUAUUCGCUGCUAAAUGCUGGGAUUGUUCCAGUAGUGUUAAGGAGAUUGUACGAUCCGAAAAGGAAGUACGUUAAUUACCAAAAACGGAACAUAUUGCAUUUGGAACCAAAUUCCGAUCUUCAGAUUAUAACUUGUUUGCACCGACCGGAGAACGUCUCUGCGACCAUUGCAUUCCUACAGUUGUUGUCCUCACCAAACCUAGAUUUCCCUAUAGCGGUCACGGUUCUUUAUCUGGUGAAGCUCGUAGGCCAGAUCAAUCCUGUUCUGAUCUCCGACAAUAAGAAGUCGAAACGACUUCAUACCGACUCUUACAUCCAUACCGCAAAUCUUGCAUUCAGGAAGUUCAUGCUAGAAGGCUUGAAGUCCGUAACAGUGACCACGUACACCGCAUUCUCGCAUGAGAAGAUGAUGCACGAAGAUAUUUGCACGCUUGCACUUGACCAGACAUCGUCAAUGAUUAUUGUCCCUUCAGAGAGGAGAUGGACCGUAGAUGGAAUGUUCGAAUCAGACGACGACGCCAUAAGGCGACUAAACCAAGCGUUGCUACAGAGUGCGCCUUGUUCUAUUGGAAUACUAAUUGACCGUGGACAUUUCUCACGCAAAGGCAAUGAUGUAUCGAGCAAGAAAAAUUACAAUAUCGAUGUCGGUGUUAUUUUUAUCGGCGGCAAAGAUGAUAGAGAGGCAUUAUCAUUGGUGAAGAGAAUGAAACAUAACCCAAGGGAUCGUGUAACCGUGAUCCGACUCUUGUUCAAACAAGAGAUAGAGCCAGAAAACUGGGAGUACAUUCUGGACAAUGAAGGCUUAAAGGAUUUCAAGAUUGCAGACGAAAUGAGCAAUGUUGAUUACACGGAGAGGACUAUGACCAGUGGCGCUGAGGUUGCCAGCAUCGUCCAAUUCUUGGCCCACGAGUAUGAUCUUAUGGUGGUUGGAAGAGAUCAAGGCAUUGCAUCACCAAACUUUUUAGGACUAACAGAAUGGGUCGAACUUCCAGAGUUAGGUGUCAUUGGAGAUUUUUUAGCCGCUAAAGAGCUUAGCUCUAAGGUUUCUGUUUUGGUAGUUCAACAACAGCAACAGACGUGA